AUGUACUCGAAGUCCGAGAAUCUGCUGCAAGUAUACUUCUUCACCAUGACCAUCUAUCGGCUUUGGUUCUUUGGUACGUGGGCUUCGCUGACCAACAAAACCGCAAGACCAAGACCGAGAAACGGAGAAAGCCUCCAGCAAAAGCCCCUGUUAAGGUAUUACCGGAGAUGGCGAACCCGAUUCAGCAAAGUAAAAAAAAAAACAAAUAUUAUAGAGAUGCAAAAAAAAGAGAUGGAGGAAGUUAGGGUUAAUGCGGCGACUGCUAUAUUUCUAUGCUUCCUGAUCCUUACAAGCUCCCAACGAUUGUGUUCUGACAUGGUGCAAAAUCCAAAUGUUAACUACAAUGUUGUUACUUUGUCUACAGUUCUAUUAGCUUGUGCUACUAUUUCUACUCUCAUUUUAGCAAUGCAUUUUCAUGGGUGGGUCUGCAGAAAAAGAAGCAUCUACAUCAGGAACAAUAACACCAACAUUGAACAAAAGUGGUAG